CGAGCUCCACGUUCUGGACUGGUUCUCCAAAUUUUCGGAUUUCUUCAUCCGACUGCGAAUUUUUCUACACCCCCUGUGUCAAACGAUCCUCGAGGAUAUCGUUAAGCGGCGAGCUUCUGUAGGAAUACCCGAUCGCGGGGAAGGUCGAAGGAAAUUAAAAGCUCCACCGAGGAGUAGGCGAGAUGUUCCACCGGGGCGUCGAGCACCCCGAGGAAGGUCCGCAUCCUGGAUCGGAGGUCAAGAGGAACCGAGAAACGUGACGGAAAUUUCCUCGACGGAAAAAUCCUUUGUAAAAGCGAGACGAUGAUCCCGAGGAAACGGCUACAACUGCUGCUCUACGUCCUGCACGUGGGGUACAUCUUCGGGGACCACAGAAGAGAUAAUGGUUCCCGGUUGCUGCCGAUGCUCGAAAUCACGGAGAACUCCUUGGGGAGCAACCCCGAAGAGGCCGACGAUGUGAGCCAGGACCCGGGAUUCGAGGUCUACGGUGUGGAGUCCACUCUCCUGGACGAUCUAAAUGCUUCCUCGAGGACGGCGACGACCUCGGGUGAUAUGAUGAGCGAAUCGACGACUCAGGACUCGAUGGACUCCACGGAGGCUUAUGGUCGAACCUCCAGUGAUCAGGGCAGUACCCAGGAAAUCGCUAUUCGGGUCGAGGACCUGAGGAUCACCACCGCCACGGAGAAUUCCCUGAGCGUCUCCUGGAACGCGUCCGAAGGGGAUCGUCCGAGCCUUUACUCCAUAAGCUGGUGCAAGAGAGAUGGACCUUGUGAGCGGCGCAAUGUGUCCGAGGAACUGAAUUACGAGAUUCAGGAUUUGGAGAGCUGCACGGAAUAUCUGAUCACGGUGGUCCCCUUGGACGAUCGAGCGGCCGAUGGGCAGACCAUCGCAGGGACCACGAAGGCCUCCGACGUGGGGGAUGUCACGGAUUUGGAGGCGACCACGGGCACGAGUUGGAUCUCGCUCUCCUGGAAACCGCCGAAGGAGAGCCCCAACUGCGUCCAUCGGUACUUCGUCAAGGUGUGCUCGGAAAAGGAGUGCAAGACGAAGGAUCUCGCUCCUCCCUCGACGGAAUACAAGGCGGUCGAUCUGGAACCUUGCACGAAAUACGUCUUCACGGUCACGACAUUCGGGAAGGCGAGCGAAUCCGCAGGAGCGGAGAAAUCCGCGACGACGGCUGGCAUAAAGCCUGGAAGUCCUCUAUCUCUGGCGGCAGAGUCCAAGAACUUCUCUCUUCUCGUUCACUGGAAGCCUCCUGAGUUCGGCGCCGCCUGCGUCCAGGAGUAUCGAGUCAACGUCUGGGACUCGAAGAACACCCUGACGAAGACGACCUCGAAGACCGACAUCGAGCUCACGGGUCUAAAGGCCUGCGCGAUGUAUACCAUCCAAGUGCUUCCAGUUUCCGAGACAGGGGACGGAAACACUCCUGCGGUGACCCAGGCCAAGACCGCGGCAUCCGCGACGAAUCCACCGGUGCUGUCCUCGGAGGAGGUGUCGGUGUCGAAGAACUCGAUAUCCAUGAGCUGGCAGAUCGUGAAUCAGAAGAAUUUGUGCCCCCUUAAGUCGGUAAUCACGAUCUGCAAUUUCACGACGACCGACAAGCACGGCUACGAGUUGGUCGACGGAGAGUCCGUGGACAAGAUCUCCAACGGCACCGACAGCUUCCUCAAGGUGACGGUGUACAAGCUCAGCCCCUUCACGAACUACACCUGCCACGGGAUCACCGUAAACUCCGCAGGAAAUUCGGACCCAAGCUCCGCGGUCACCGCGAGGACGUCGGAGGAUGUUCCCUCGCCUCCUGCGAAGCUGGAGAUCACCGACGUCACCGAGACCAAUUUUACUCUUAACUGGAAGAAGCCGGAAUACCUGGCGGGGUACCUGGGGAAUUUCGAGGUGAAUCUCAAGUGGGAACCGGCGUAUCUGGUUCCGGACUGGUGCGAACACGGUGCCUCGAGAACCGACAACAUUACGGACAUCGACGGCUCGUCCUUGAGUUACUCUUACGUCUUGGGAAUGCCGUACUCGAAUUAUUCUGCGGAGAUCAGGGCGAAAACCGGAGCUGGAUGGGGCGAGUUCAGCGACCCGACCGAUUUCCAGAUGAAGCCCACGGUGCCAGGAGCGGUGUCGAACCUCACCUACGCGACCUUCGCAUCCAAGAACGACUCCAACGUGUUGACUACGAUCUUGAGAUGGCGACUGCCGUGUGAUUUAAACGGGAACCUGGAACGCUUCCGCGUUUCCAUCCGGGGAACCAGGGAGGGAUUUGCGAACCACACGUUCCACAGGACGAAGGAGGUUCCCGAGGUUCAGCACAAGGACGACGUCUUCUCCAUGGACCUCGGCGAGUUGAGGGCCGAGUACGCGUACACCUUCGAGGUCGCCACGAAGGUUGUCGGGGUGGAUUCCCUGGGCCCUCCGGUGAACCAGACGACCCUCUAUCCAGCUGGAAUUCCAGACCAGCCGAGCGACGAGUACGUGAAGUCCAUCACCAUAGACCCCCACAAGGCUCAAAGGACCACCAGCACGGCCUCGAUCCUGCUCCCUCUCUUUCCAAACAUCAACGGAGAGAUCCGGUAUUACGCGAUUAUGGUCUCCAAAAAGGGGAAAAAUCCGCCCUUGAGGAGGAGAUUGAACGUCAGGGCUGGAGAGUGGCCGGAUGUCGUGGCGUGGCGCGAAUCCAUGAUGAGGAACUUCGAGGUCCCUUAUCAGGCCACGAUACCGCGAUGGAACCCAUACUCGAACAAUUACGUGACCGACUACGGGCACAUGAAGGCCGUCAAGUUCGUCCUGGGAGACGACCCUACGUGCACGGAGGUGUCCUUUAACACCCACACGAAGAUUUACUGCAACGGUCCCUUAAAAUCCGACACCUGGUACGAGGUGAGGAUUCGAGCGUUUACGAACGACGGCUUCGCGGAUUCCGUGGCGUUCCUCGUAAAGACCAACGCGGAGAUGAACGUGGCGUUCGUCAUCGGGGUCGUCUUCGGGAUCCUCAUCCUAGGGAUCGUGACGACGAUGCUGCUCCUCGUCAGGAAGGGCUCCAUUCAAGGGGUCCUGCGGAGGUUCCUGCACUCGGACAUGCCAGGGUCCCCCGUCCCGGCUCCGUUCACCAGGAGGAAAUUUAUCACCCACUGUCAGCAGCUCGCCGAGAAUCCUGGCAAGCUCAGCAACGAGUUCCAGCUCCUGCAGACUCUCAGCGUGGAUCUACAAAUGCCGACGAAUGCCGCCUGCUUGCAAGCCAACCGGAAGAAGAAUCGUUACUCCGACAUCCUCCCCUAUGAUUUCUCCAGGGUGAAGCUGGAGGUCAUCGACAACGACCCCAACACGGAUUAUAUUAAUGCUUCCUUCAUCAAGGGUUGUUCCGGAGAGGAGGAAUACAUCGCUUGUCAAGGACCCAAAGAGGAGACGACGUACGACUUUUGGAGAAUGAUCGACCAGUAUGACGUCAAGAUCAUCGUCAUGUUGACUCAGUUGAUCGAGAAGGGCAAGGAGAAAUGUUACCAGUACUUUCCCACGAUCAGAGAGACCUUCACGUACGAGAGCAUGUCCAUAAGGUGCACCAGUGAGCUGGACUUUAGGACGUACACCCAGAGAACUCUGACUCUGCAGAAGAAAGACAAGAAGAGGCACGUGACGCACCUCCACUUCAAGGACUGGCCCGAUCACGACGUGCCCGAAGACUUCGACGAGACGGUAAACUUCUGUCAAAUCAUGCGUCGACAGAUCAAUGCGAACAAAGGCUUCGUUGUCAUUCACUGCAGCGCAGGCAUCGGCAGGACGGGCACCCUUAUCGCCCUGGACAUCCUCUUGCAACAAAUCAGAGACGGCAGGAAACUGGAUGUAUUUGGGACAGUGUACCGAUUGCGACACCAUAGAAUUAAUAUGGUGCAGAGAGAGAGCCAGUACGCUUACAUAUACAAUUGUAUCAGACAAGUGUUGAAGAACCCUUACUUCCUAAAGACCUACAAACCACCACCCGUUGAGCCUGUUUACGAGAACGCUGUGAAAAAAAAGAGAGACUUGUCGAAUUCGAGCACAAAUCUAGUGAGCAGUCUCGAGACCUUACGAAAAAGUAGCUUAUCAGCUUCGAUGGAAUCGACCGAUUCGAUCUACGAUAAUUCGCCGCUGCCACCUAUUAAAUCACCCAAAGGACUGCGAUACUGCAAAUCGACCGGUGCCAUCGACACCAGAGCUCAACAAGCUCGCAUAAAUUCAUCAUCGAACAAAGGGUUUCCAGCGUAUGAAGCAAUGACAGAAUCUGUAAAUACCGGUAGUAAGAGUAGCAUGGAUAAAGAUGACUCCGAAGAGUCGAGGAGUUCAACGUAUGAAAAUUUAUCCACUUUGCCGAGGUCGAAGUCAGCCCAUGCGGUGUGCAAAAAUUCAUGCAGCCCUCCCACAGAAAAAUUACUGGAGAACGAUACAUCGAUUUAAGAGGGUGAGAUUUUAGCUAUAUACAUUCAUAAGAAAUAUACAUGACCCAAGUCUCGAUUUUAAGCAUUUUCUUACAUUUUAUAUGUAUAUAUGACUGAGCCUGUGGAAAGUUCUACUUAAGAAGCAGGUACUUUACAAAACCAUGAUAAAACGGAUGGUACAUGUAAUUAUAGAUAUUAAGUAAUUAAAUAAUUGUAUGAUCUUGUACAUAGUAAAGGACGGUAUGAUAGAACUUAUUAAAAGACAUUUGAGCA